AUGCAUACUGAUGAUAUUCUCAAAGCGGUGCGCACUAUCACUGAGCAAAUGCCGCAGCGCCAAAUUCAUGGGCAAAAUCCCGUGAUUCUACCAUACACUAAGGCCUCUUUGAAUCGUUUGGACGAGGCAACAUCGAAAAUGCAGAGUCGACCGGAUACCAAACAAAGCAAAAAGGAUGAAGCGUGCAUGAACAUGGGUACCAUCCGAAUAGGCACUGCAGGCGGGCCAACUGGACCUCCACCAAUAAUGGGGCCUAGAAUGGGUACUGUUGGACCUAUGGCCACUGGGCCAAUGCCUAUGAUGCAAAUGAGAACAGGCCCUGGCGGUCCGCCCAUGAUGAACGCUGCACCUAUGGGAGGACCGGCUCCGAUGGGACCAGGCGGAAUGAUAAACAGAGGCCCGGUGAUGAUGGGUCAGCCUGUGAAUCAGGUGAUUUUUUUUUCUAGAGGUGGAGGAAGGUGUAUGGUUUGA